AGUCCACAACAAACAGUUGAACACACAGGUUGUUUUUAUUAACUUAUCUCUUACGUUCUGAAAUAUUUCGUCUAUUCGAACAAAAUAUUAUUUGUUUUUAACCCCCAUAUUCUUCUAUAAGCAAUGUCACUAAACUGGGAAUUAACUGAGGUCGAGGAAAAGCUAAUUUCUAAUGAAUUUAAAAGAAUUGGAGAUAACACCUAUUUGGAUCAUGCGGGCAGUACUUUAUAUGCGGAAAGCCAAAUUGACGCAUCUGGUAAAUUAUUGAAAGAGAACUUAUUUUGCAACCCGCAUACUUGUAAAAUAACAGGGGAUUUAGUGGAUCAAGUGCGUUAUAGAAUUCUUCAACAUUUCAAUGCCGAUGCUUUGGAGUACUCCGUUGUAUUUACCAGCAAUGCUACGGCUGCCAUAAAAACUGUAGCUGAAACAUUUGAUUUUGGUGCUCAGGAACAGGGUAAUUUCUAUUAUUGCCAAGAAAAUCACACUUCAGUUUUGGGUAUGCGUGAAUUGGUUAAAACAUCCAAUAAAUUUGUAUUGACUCAACCAGAGUUAUUGUCAAAUUUGGAAAACGGUCAUGAUUUAUUAGCCGGCACUCGAACGGGCAAUUCUUUGUUGGUUUUUUCGGCUCAAUGUAAUUUUAGUGGCUACAAAAUGCCACUAGAAUUAAUAGAAGUUGUACAAAAGCAGGGUUUGCUUAAACGGGGAACACAAAUUUCGGGUCACACACAAACCAAUGAGCCGGAUUUAAAUAAUUUUUAUGUUUUUCUGGAUUCGGCAGCUUUUGUGGGAACUAGUUAUUUGGAUGUUGGCAAAUAUAAACCAGAUUUCUUUUGUGUCUCAUUCUACAAAAUGUUUGGCUACCCCACUGGAGUAGGGGCUUUAAUUGUCAGCAAACGCGGGCAAUCAGUGUUGCUUAAGCAAUAUUAUGGAGGCGGUACGGUCAACAUUGCCAUGACUCGUGAUAAUUUUCAUGAGAAACGUGUUGGUUUUUCAUCACACUUUGAAGAUGGCACUUUAUCUUUCUUAACCAUUGCAAAUUUGUUGGAGGGCUUUAGUACAUUGGAACGUCUGGUGCCUGCAAAAGAAGGAAAAAACACCAUGCAAAGAAUUAGUAAAUAUGUCUAUCAAUUGGCUAAAUACGGUUAUGAUAAAUUAUCAGCUUUAAAACAUGCAAAUGGACAGCCGUUGGUGAAGUUUUAUAAUCACAAUGGUUAUGGGGAUUACAAAUAUCAAGGUGGUGUUAUUACCUUUAAUAUUUUACAUGAAGAUGGUGCCUUUGUAGGGUUUGCUGAAGUGGCCUGCUUGGCAGCUGUAUUUGAUAUACAACUACGUACUGGUUGCUUCUGCAAUCCCGGCGCUUGUCAAUGGUUUUUACAAUUAUCCAAUAGUGAUAUACGCAAACAGUAUGAAUCUGGCCAUAUAUGUAGUGAUUACAAUGAUUUGGUUGAUGGUAUACCUACUGGAGCCGUAAGGGUCUCAUUUGGUUAUAUGACACGCAAACAAGAUGUCGAUAAAAUUGUUAGUAUGAUUAAAGAGUGCUAUUUGUCCUCGUCUGAGGAGAGAUUGAAACACAUGGAUAGUGAUAAAUUACCAAAGGCUUUACAACAUAUACCAGCAAGACUAAAGCCUCAACUUAAAGAGAUUUGCAUUUAUCCCGUUAAAUCUUGUGGUGCUUUUAAGGUUACUGAUUCCUGGCCUCUAACAACUACUGGUUUCUUAUAUGAUCGUGGUUGGAUGAUAGUGGAUGCCUCGGGAAUGGCCAUAACACAAAAACAUCAAACUAGAUUAUGUUUAAUUAAACCAAUUAUUCAUGACCAAAAAGGUUCUAUGGAAUUGACUUUUACUGGAAUGAAAUCUAUACAUGUCAAUUUAGAAAUCGCCAAAGAACAAUUGGAUAUUAUAAAUACCACAUUUUGCCAAAGUAAAGUUUGCGAUGACUUAGUGUCUGGUUACGAUUGUGGCGAUGAGGUGGGCAAUUGGUUAAGCGAUUGCUUGGAAACACCCGGUUUAAGAUUAAUCAAACAGUAUGCCGAAAGACGCGCCCAGACAGGUUCUGCCAAAGAUAUUGCCUUGUCCAAUCAGGCACAAUUUCUAUUAAUUAAUCGAUCUUCUGUGAGAUGGCUGACACAAAAAAUCACCACCGAAAAGGAACCUUUAUCCACUACCGUCGAUAGAUUUAGAGCAAAUUUAAUAAUCGAGACCCAAACCGCCUUGGAGGAGACAGAGUUCGAUACGCUGACAAUAGGUGAUACGGAGUUUAAGGUUGAUGGUUUUUGUACACGCUGUCAAAUGAUUUGCAUUGACCAACACAGUGGCCAAAAAACCGCCGAGCCUUUACGAACUAUCGCUAGAGAGUUUAAUGGUAAGAUACGUUUUGGCAUAUAUCUCUCACUAUUGAAAGUACCCGAUAAUAAUGCGCAAAUAUCUUGCCAUGAUAAGAUAAUAAUAAAGAAGAAAACUAUUGAAUAAAAUUAUAAAA